AUGGUUGAUCUUGGAGGAGUAUCUACCUUCCCUGGAGUAGGCGCUCAGCACCCUUCUCAGGAUUCCCCCACGUAUUUUCUCACCUUAGUUUUUGAUAACGGGCAGCCCAAGCUACAUACAUCUUUGCCAGAGUUCGGACGCCCAAUAUUCACUUUUGAAUUUGGCAAUUGGCUCGCACAAACUAUAGGAGUCAACGCUACUUCGCCUCUCUUCGCCAGAAACGUAAAUCAUGAACAUGGAAUACAAUCGCCGAUAGAAAAAUUUUUACCUUCACAUAGCUCAAAGAAGCGCCGCCGAGAGAUCAUCCACCAUGCCUCCAUCGAACCAGAGGAGCCGGCCAACGAUACGGAAGACGUGGAAAUGGUACCCCUUGAAAUAGGAAAUGAGGAGAAGGUUGAGGCAUACUAUGAAUCUGCAUUCAGAGCAUUCCAGCAGAUCAACUGUCGCCAGGUAGCAAAGGCAUAUAUCAAGAUCAUUGAGCCACGGAAGCAAGUCAACCAUCCCUACAAUGGAGGACGAGGAGCACCUGGCGAGAAGAGGGACCCAGAGAAGACCAAGCCCGACUGGUGGCCGGCAGGCGUUACCCACCGUGAACCCGAUCACCUGAGGAAGCCAGACCGGAUACGCCUUCUUAUCCAUAUUUUCCGCAAGCUCGGCAAGUCUCAUGGAAUGACUGCGGAUAAGCUAGAGGAAGCAGGACGAUAUGCCCAAAGGCAGAUAAAACCCCACGAGAGACUUGAUAUCCUGGAUGAGAUUUACAAGGUCCGAAGAGCGGAAGAGUGUUAUGAGCGAGGCGAAGCAGGGGCUGAUAUAACUACAGAUAUAAAUGCUGUAAUUUAUGUCGUCAACAGGGAUUCAAAGACCGAAGAAGACCCGCAAGAGAUAGACGACGCUACAGGAGCUGCCUAUGAUCCGACCCGUCAUCUAUCUACACGUAAACAAGAAAAGAAGAUUGAAGCCCAUAAUACAGAGCCUAGAACGCCGCCAUCAUCUAUCAUCGGCAGUAUAGAAGGGAUGUCGGUCGGUUACGCUCAACCAAGCUUUGCUAUCUGCUCCAACGACGAGAAAAGGCGGUCUUUUCAAUUUUCACUAUGUACGGGCGUUGAGUGCUCUGCUUCCGGUGUGGGAACCAGUAUCCCUCGGUCGCUCCCUGCCCCGGCGCCAACUUAUUCAGCGGCACCAACUUAUUCAGAACAUUUAGGAUCCUACGGUCCAGAGGAAUUCCCCGACGGUAUGGACCACAUGAGGCAGAUGCAAUCCUUUGCCUCUGCCGAUCCUCAUGCCCAGGAACUUACUCCAGGCCAAAACUACUACACGUCUUGGGACCCCUGGAACUUAGGCACAGAGUACGUGCCCCAAGGUUAUAUAAAUACACUAUGA